AUGUUUGGGAUCCAAGAUACGUUAGGAAGAGGGCCGAUCCUGAAAGACAAGGUGCUGGGGUCGGAGAUGGAUCCGGUCCGCUCCUGGGUCAGGAACGUAGGCGUGGUGGAUGCUAACGUCGCCGCUCAAAGCGGCGUGGCUCUGUCUCGAGCUCACUUCGAAAAACAACCGCCCUCCAACUUGAGGAAAUCCAACUUCUUCCACUUCGUCUUGGCUCUCUACGACCGCCAGGGCCAGCCCGUGGAAAUCGAGCGGACGGCGUUCGUAGACUUCGUGGAAAACGACAAAGAACAGGGCAAUGAGAAAACAAAUAAUGGAACACACUACAAAUUGCAGCUUCUAUAUAGCAAUGGUGUCAGGACUGAACAAGAUCUAUUUGUCAGACUCAUUGAUUCAGUCACAAAACAGCCCAUCACCUAUGAAGGACAAAACAAGAACCCAGAAAUGUGCAGAGUUCUACUCACCCAUGAAGUUAUGUGCAGUCGUUGCUGUGAAAAGAAAAGUUGUGGAAAUCGUAAUGAGACUCCCUCAGAUCCUGUGAUCAUCGAUAGAUUCUUCUUAAAAUUCUUCCUCAAGUGCAACCAGAACUGUUUGAAAACAGCCGGAAACCCUCGAGAUAUGCGACGGUUUCAGGUUGUGUUAUCAACAACAGUGAAUGUUGACGGGCAUGUCCUGGCGGUAUCAGACAAUAUGUUUGUUCACAACAAUUCCAAACAUGGGCGGAGAGCAAGGAGACUUGACCCUUCAGAAGCCACUCCAUGCAUCAAAGCUAUUAGUCCAAGUGAAGGCUGGACCACUGGUGGAGCCAUGGUCAUCAUUAUAGGGGACAACUUUUUUGAUGGGCUACAAGUCGUAUUUGGGACCAUGCUUGUAUGGAGUGAGCUGAUCACCCCACAUGCCAUCCGUGUCCAAACGCCCCCUCGUCAUAUCCCUGGCGUGGUUGAAGUAACAUUAUCGUACAAAUCCAAACAAUUUUGCAAAGGAGCUCCUGGUAGAUUUAUUUAUACAGCUUUAAAUGAGCCCACCAUAGACUAUGGUUUCCAAAGACUCCAGAAGGUCAUCCCAAGACAUCCUGGUGAUCCAGAACGACUAGCUAAGGAGAUGCUUUUGAAGCGAGCAGCUGACCUAGUUGAAGCGCUGUAUGGGACACCCCAUAAUAAUCAGGACAUUAUUCUGAAGCGAGCUGCUGAUAUUGCAGAAGCUCUUUACAGUGUCCCAAGGAAUCCAGGUCAGAUCCCUGCUUUGUCUAGCUCUCCUGCUCAUAGCGCCAUGAUGGGCAUCAACUCUUAUGGCAGCCAGUUAGGAGUCAGCAUCUCUGAGUCGACACAAGGGAACAAUCAAGGUUACAUCCGCAACACAAGCAGCAUCUCCCCACGAGGCUACUCCUCCAGCUCGACCCCUCAGCAGUCUAAUUACAGCACCCCCAGUAACAGCAUGAACGGCUACAGCAAUGUCCCCAUGUCCAACCUGGCUGUUCCCAGUUCACCUGGAUUCAUUAAUGGUUCUCCCACAGGAUCUCCCUAUGGCUUGAUGUCUUCAAGCCCCACAGUUGGUUCUUCAAGCAGUUCCUCCAUCCUUCCAUUCUCCUCCUCCGUCUUUCCUGCUGUCAAACAAAAGAGUGCCUUUGCUCCUGUCAUCCGACCCCAAGGGUCCCCUUCCCCAGCAUGUUCCACUGGUAAUGGAAAUGGGUUUAGAGCCAUGACUGGUCUUGUUGUACCUCCCAUGUGAAAGAAGAGAAGGCAGUGCUGGGAUUUCCUCUCUGCUCCCCCCCCCUUUUUUUUUUUUCUACAGCACAAAACUACUUAUUUGUUAUGGAACUUUAAAAAGGAAAAAAAUAUAUAUGAAGCACUAGAAGCUCAGUUGAUGGGGGAAGCCAUGUGCCAGAAGAAAAGGAAAUUUUAUGGAGGUGCUAAGAGGCUGUUCCAAGUUGGAGACAUCAAUACUCAAGAACAUUUUUUUAAGAAAAAUAGGAAUUGGCCAAGAUCCAGAUGUAUGCAGGUUAUGGGAUUGAAUCUGGAGCACAAGCUUUUCUUUUCUUUUUUUCUUUUCUUUCGCUAUGGACUCAAAGCCCUCCUAAUGUUUAUAGAAUAUUAAAAGAAGGAACAGAUUGGCCAACCAUUCAAGCUUGAUAUUUUGGAUACUCUUUGUUUUACUUUGUAGGAAAAAAAAGUUGAAGUUUCUAUUUUCUAUGAAGCCUUUCAGAUACCAAUUUAGUUUAUGCAGAAAAAAGAAAUCUCAAAACAGGGUACCAGCAUGAAAGACUUUCCUAUAAAACUGAUAUGCUGAUAUGAAUGGUGGAAUGUGGACGUAUGUGUGUAUUGACUUAUAGUUUAAUCUCUUUUCAAAUGGAAAAAAUGUAAGAUGUUUUACAAUUAUUUAAAUAAAUAAACUUGUAAGUUAUUGUAUGUAGAGGUAGAAAUUGAAAACUUUGGGGGGACUUUUUUUUUUUUGUCUCCUAUUGUACAAUGAAAAUUGGCAAAAAUGCAGCAACGAUUUCUUAAUGCUCCAGUCUCUGUUCAGUUCUCUCCUGCUCUUUAUGGAACCAUUUACAGAAACGUCUCAAAAUUCUUCACCAAGGACUCAUCCACAAACUUUUUUAUACACACAAUGGUGUAUAUAUAUACACAUACAUACACACACACACAUCUCUCUCUAUAUAUUAAAAUAUAGGACCGUCAUUAAUGUAUGAAUAUUAUACACUUUCUCAUCUCUUGAUUCAAUUAAGGUUUCAGGUAUUGGUGUGACUUGUUUACUCUCAUACCUCUUCUCAGUAACUAUGUGGCAUAUGUGAGCUUUUUAAUCAGGUUUUUGUAUCAAAUUGUCUUCAUUUUUCAGGUUGCAGUUUGAGCAAGAGGGAACAGUAAGGCCAGUUUUUUAUUUUUAUUUCUUUUCCCUAGUUGGUUGCUUUUCAGGUACUGAAAGCAAAACAACCUUUGUGUUGCAAGAGAACUUUGGCACUUAGAAUGUUAGCAAUCUCCAGUGAACGUUGUGAAUGCUCAGAUGCUAACUUAACAUUCACUAACGGGUCCUACGUUUGGGGACAUUUGUAACAUUUAUCCAGGAUCCUCCAUGUUCAUGUCUGAAUAUCAAUAGUCAUCAAUUUCAUUGUAAACAUAUAGGUGAUAAGUAAUCUGCACAUACUGAAUACAGUGUAGGAUCAGAAGUGCUGCAAAGCUUGCUCUCUGGCAGACCACUGAUUUCAUGGGUGCAGUAUGAAGUCAUGAUCUCAUUUUCUAAAGACAUCUCCAUUUUGAUGGAGAGACAGGUUCUGGGCAUGCAAAUGGUAGCAUAUGAUCAAAGGUCCCGCCAUUGAAAUAAAUGGGAAAACCUACAUGCACAAGAUUUCCAUAUGUGCCUGCUUCAGAACUUGCUGUGAAUCAGGGCCCUGUCUCUCGAAAUUCACAAAACAUGUCUUGAAUCCACUGAUCCAUCGCAUCCACUUUUGAUGUGUUGAUUACUGAUAAGCACUGUUUUAUGAAUCGUUAACUUUCCUAAAACCUUCUAAAUCAUCUUCUGUUGCUGUCAUUGUAACCAUCUCUAUCCAAGUCCCAUAUGUUGAUAAUAUGCCUAUAAAAUUUAUCAAUCACAUUAUUGUUUUUUUUUUACAAUAUACUAUUUAUAUAUGUACCUGUAUUUUAAGGUGAAAUCCAAAUUUCUGUGCACCCAAUGAGGGUAACUGUGUUUUUUUUUUCCCAGGGGAAUAAAAACAUUAGUGUUUUCCCAUGA